AUGAGACCCUCUGUACCUUUCGCUUUAUCCCUUCUUGGGUUGACCAGUCUAUCUGCCGCAGCCGACACCGAAAGUGAUUAUCUAGCAACCGUGACCCUCGCACCAACCGCCUCCGGAGCCGCAGCUUUCGAUCUUGAAGAAAAGCGCGCAGAAUGUUUCCAAGCAUGCUAUAAGACUUAUGGAAACUUCAAGUCUUGCAACAAAGGAAGCGUCGGGCAGUGUUGGUGUAAUGAGUCAGUUGACUGGGUUGAAAGAGAGGAGGAUUGUGUUUGGGAUAUUUGCGGUCCAUCUGCUUAUAAUGUUUAUGCGACUGUCCUGAGGAGGGUUUGCGAGACUGUUACGGCUUCUACUAGUGAAGCCGUUGAGGCGGGAUUGAUGUCUUCUGAUGAGGAAAUCACUUUGACUUCAACUUCGACUACCGGACAGGCAUCAGCUGAAACUAACAAUCCGCCUAAAACAACAGAGACUUCUACUUCUGAUAGUGGUUCUACCACGACUGGCAGUGUGGCAGCGGCAACUACAAGUGCUGAACCCAAUGGCGGUAGAAAUGUGUCUUCAUCCGUCAGUAUUCUAUAUGUUUUUGCUGUCAGUGGACUUCACAUUGCCAUCAUGGCCUUUUGA